AGCGCUCCUCAGAGGAGGAGCGGAUUUGUCGGCCCUAGAUACAGAGGAUCAGAUUGGUCAUCGUUGACAAAGGGGGUCGAUCGAGGCGCGUGUGAUGCAGGCGAUACGGUCGAUCGGUCCAGCCGAUGCGGUCGAUCGUCUGCGAGGGGAUCGAGUCGUCACUCGAGAGGUGAUCCAGCCGACGCCGUCGAUCAGGCUUCCAUUGAGAAAGCGAGGGGACGCGGGGAUGAAGGCCGACGCUUCGGCUGAUCGAAACUGCUCCAUUGAGACUUGAUAGAUGCAAUCAUACGUCAGUUUCUGAGCCAAUAUUCUUGGUGGCUGGUCUAUAUAUGCUUCCUUCCCUGCCAGUCUUCGCUAACCCUUUCCACUCUCGGUACCACAUCUUCCAGCAUGUUGCUCUGGUGAUGUUCAUGCUGAUUUGAGCAUAUCCUGGAGCUUGGUACUGAGAAUAUUUUUGGUCGACAGUUCAUAAUCUAAAAUGGCGUUCGGAGAUGCGAUGGGGAUUGCUCAAUCCGGAUUCAGCAUCGAGCACCUGGCCGAAGGUACACGCGGACAUCAGGAAACUUUUGGUUGGGGAUCUCUACCGGGCAGCAGGAGGUUGUUAAUGUCAUCAAAACGCGCAACAAGAAUCCAAGCCCAACAGAAAUCAUUUUUGUUUGCAUUGAACCAAAGUGCAAGUACACUAGAGGGUUCAAGGAUUCCCGAGAAGUGGCCAAUGUUCAGUGAAACUGUUGUAUGCUCCCGAGGAAAGUGGUCUCGUGCUAAAAAUCAAGUGCAUUGACCAUGUUAUAUGUUUUCUGAUUUCUUCGCUCAAAAGGUCAUCGAUUGUUGAAUAUGUCUUCUAUGCUACACUUCUUUAAGAUAUGUAAUUAUAUAUAUCAAUAAAUACAAACAAAAGAAUUCCACAACCCCGGUUAUUGUUUUAGCAGUACAACUUUGGGCUUGCAACCUAUAGUCAGAGUGACAAAGUAUAUGACAUCAUCCAAUAGGUUUGUCACCUCGAUAAAGCAAUAUUAUGUGUCCAGCACAUCUAGGAACUUGAAUAUUUGAAUUAAAGACAUCACACAGAAGACUUUGAGCUUUAUCAACUAGAUGCUAUUAGUAAUGGGUAUUCGUCUUUUUCACUACUUCAAAAAACAUAUACAA